ACAAAAAAAAAGAAACGGACCGGUUGCCCGCUUGGUUGAUAGAAGUGUGCUAUAUAGCAUCUCACCCUUUUAUGGCAAGUUCAAAAAUAGUUGCGGAGAGGGGCAAGCUUCUUUUUAGUAUGGACCAUUCCGUUCGUACAAGUGGCACUGUUUUAGCUGCACUUUUGCAUCAAUGCGCAAACUCUGAAACCGAUGUAGAAGGGUUCCUGAUGGGAAUGACAGCAACUCGAACCGUUGGAGCGAUCGACGAUGCUUCUGAUCAAACGAGUGACACUGCACAGCGGUUGACUAUUAUCGACGGCCACAGCGCAAUCCGAGCGCGGUUUUACAAUGCUCAGGGCCAGAUCGACGUCGAAAGUCUGUACAACCAACUCGGUGACAGAAAGAACAACGUGAUAGGAUACUUUCGAUUUCGUCGACAAUCGGCAUUAAUGUUAUCAGUUCGAGAAGAAGCGUUACUGCAGAAUCUCGGCGCAGUAUUGCCGCAAUUCCGUGGCAUGGCAAUUUUAACGGCGUCCCUGCUUGAAGAAAACGACGCGUCCACACAUGCACAUGACAUUGCCUUUUGGGAUGCUGAAAGAUACAACAGGGUACCGAUCGAUAUCGUCAACAUGACUGAAAGCACACUCGCCUAUCAGCAAUUCGUCCCAUCAACAACAUUGACAAGUCCUCAGAUAUUAACGGGCAUUGACCCAAAGAACAUCAUCAGCCAAUACGACAGCGUAUAUCACAAAGCAAUGGAUGCUUUAAAUACCGCAACGCAAACAGUUAUUCAAAAAGAACAAGAGUUACAAGCAUUGAUGGACGAAUUAGAACGGGCUAAACAAGGUUCUAGUAUCCAAGGAUCACCAUCCGUGCAGUAGAAAUAAUAAUCCAGUAUUCUAUUAUGUGUCGAUACCAACAAACCACUUGCGAGUAAUAUGUAAAUAAACAUUCAUGCCAAUACAAUCAUACAAAGU